AUGCAGGGUAUUAUCGUUGAGAGGCUACUGCAAGCGGCGUACUCCAAGACGGACGCGACCUUACUCGGCAUCGAAGACUGGCCGCGCGCACACGAUGAGGACGAAAAUUUUCGCAGCCAGGCGGCGCUGCAGUCGCACAUCACGCGCCACCGCACUCGUCUGCUUCUGGCGUCGCAGGAAGCCGGAUUCUGCGCGGACGUGCAGACGAAGCUGCUCGGCUACGUCGAAGACAUGGCGCACGAUCCUCCGGGCGAGACGCGGUGGGCGUGGAAGGAGAUGCUCGCCUUCUAUCUGCUGAUGAACAGCAAGGAGCACACGAGCGGCGAGCGAGCCGUCGGAUCGCAGUUCUUCGCGAGCGGAAAUCUAACACAGUCCGGGUUGACGACCUACCAUAGAGAAGAAACACUUGGCAAGUUCUACCUUUCUAUGGCUGCAGACUACCACAGUGAAUUCGAGAAAGCAGAGUAUCACAUGUUGACAGAAUCUACGCUUCAGAAAACCAUAAUCAAUAUGCACAAAAACAUCUUAGAGAACAAGUGGCGGCAGCCAAGUACGGAACGAGCCCUCUGGUGGUUUGGCAACAUGACAGAGUACAUUGAAAUUCUGAGCGAAGCCGCAGUACGCCUCGGUGAGCACACUCUACUGGAGAUGACAGAAGGCUCUCACAGAAAACAAUUGCACAGGGCUGUUGUAGCCGGCGCAAUUCUGAUAGUGUUCGCCCUACUUCUCUGGCCGAUACUGCUCACUCUUCUGAUAUUGAUUGUGCAUAGAAUACAGAUGUUCUAUAACUACCUAAAAGCUGAGGGCAAAAAGCGAGGCACUCAAUUUGACGCUUCCACUUCCAAGUCUUGAGCAUUGGCUAAAGAGUUUUCCGUUAAAAAGACAUUUCAUUGGGUAACAUUUUAACUAACCAAUUUACGAGCAUCUGAGAUUUGUUGGAUUUCAGUUUCAAGUCAUAGCUAAUACUGUCACAGAUAUUACAAUUAUUAGUAAUUAAUAUCAUUCCUUCUAUUAAAAUUUAUUCUCAAUAAAAUUAUACCAUUAAUGGUACAAUAGUUCAGUUUCAGUACAAUAAUGAACUGUCAUGUUGUUUCUGUAAGUCCUGGAAAAGUGAAAUAGUUUGCGACAUAUCAUAACAUUAUACAUUUUAUUAAAAAAGACCAUUUUAUUGAUGAAUUGAGUGAAUUAUUUGAUAUGAGUGUCGGAAUGGGUAUCUACUUUGAACUAGCUAAAAAUCAAACGCCUAAUUCUUGUACAAAAAGGAAAUUUUUACACGCAUCCAAGACGACCACUGGGCCACUAGUGCCAUCUAGAUGUGAAUACAGUCAUGAAAUGGUGCUAAAGCUGCUUUGCGAUCA